AUGGAAUUCGAUUUUCCAUCAGUUAUAGUGGAUCUCAACUCAAGUGAGAUCAAGGCUGGAAUAUCUAUUGGAGAUACUCCCACGGUACUUGUUCCUACUGCGUAUUCGAAAUCUGAUGAUAACAGUUUUUUCUAUGAUGAUGAUAUUGACUUGCACCCGGAGAAUGAUGUCUUCACUGUUUUCAACGAUGGUGUACUAUAUAACUGGGAAGCCAUGCCGGAUUAUUUUAGGUAUAUCUACAAGAAAUUGAAUGUUUUACCUAACAUGACGGAGAUGCCUCUAGUUAUUGCGGAAAACGCGUGGUCAACCCAAAAAAGUAAGAGUAAAGCAUUGGAAGUUGCAUUUGAAGAACUGGAGGUGCCUAUUUUUUCCUUGUUGAAAAGACAAGUUUGUACUGCGUACUCUCUUUCGAAGCCUGCCGCUGUGGUGGUGGUUGAUAUAGAUGAUGAUAUGGUGGCCGUGACACCUAUUAGCAACGGUAAGGUUCUUAGUAAAGGUAUUGUUCGUUCUAAAUACGGAGGGAAAUUCCUCAAUAUGUUUGCUAUGAAUUUCAUCCGAUCAAAGUUAGUGGUAGGAAAAUCGCCCGAUUCUGUCGAAAAAGCGUUGAUUCCAAGGGAAUUUGCAGACACAUCAAUGACGGAGACAUUCCAGAAGUAUCAGAUUACAAAGAGUCUACAGGAUUUCAAAGAGUGUAUAUUGUGUGCCUCCAUGCUUAAACUGGACCCAACUCAAACAGAUAUAACGAGAGAAAACCAGCUGGGUAUGACUCAUGGUUCUGGUCCAAUGGAAUUUAAAGAUUAUGAGCUUUCAAACAGAUUCAGUAUAAGGAAUAUUGGAACCGAACAGUACAAAUUGGCAGAACCUAUAUUCAGACCGUUUGAAUAUGCGCGUGCUUUAGAUAAUGCAAGGGCCCUUGGAGUUCCUCCCGAUGCUCAGGGAAUCGGAAAUUUGAUUUUCUCCUCGAUGAAGAGUUUAGGAGGAACUGGGGAAAUGUAUGUCAACCUCUUGAAUAACAUAGUUCUUACAGGAAAGUCAUCUUUUAUUCCUAUGAUGGAGCAGAGGGUCAUACAGGACUUGAGAAUGUACAUUCAAGAGUACUCUAUCAGUACUUACUUGGCACCAGAUGUCAUCGACAGGAAUUCAGACACUUGGGUUGGUGCUAACAUUCUCACCAGCUCUUCCGUUGGAGACUUCGAUCACUUGUUUGUCAGCAGAGAGGAUUACCAGGAAAAUGGUGAGAAUUAUGCUUUAGAUAAGUUUAAAUGA